AUGAACUCCAGUCUGCAGGGUCUCCUGAGCUUGGAAGACUUUGUGAGGAACAUCAGCUGCCAGGAGCCAAUCUGGAGUUCAGUCCCACAAGCCCGACUUUUGAGAUGUUUCAUAGCCAUCAGAGAUGCCCACUCUUCUCCAGACUCCUGGACGAAAAGCUACCUUCUGCACUCAUUCAAGAAGGUGGUUUCAGUCCAGGCACCUGAGUUUGGUGACCACUGCCAAAAAGAUGCUCACGAGUUCCUGAUCUCGGUCCUGGGCCAGUUAAGGGGUCUGUCCCCUCUGCUGAGCGCUGCUGCCUCCAACAAGGGCCUGAGAUACACCUGCCCUGUUGAGGACCAUCUACUCUUCAAGAUGGAAAACACCAGGACUUGCAAGAGCUGCGGGGCCCAGUCCAAGCAUGAAGAAGAGUUCACCAACUUGUCCCUGGACCUGGUUCCUAGAGGCUCUGUGGAGGAAAUGCUGCAGGAAUACCAGAGAGAGACAGAGUUAGAAUACACCUGCACUUGCGGAGGGAAAACAUCAAGUUACAAGUCAGCCUUCGCGACCCUGCCAAGAAUGCUUGUCUUGCAUCUAAAGCGUUUCCGUUUCACACCUUCCUAUGAACUAGAGAAGGUGCAAGACCCUGUGGUGUUGCUCAGGGACCUGGUGGUGUCCUCUGCACAGGAUGGUGCUUGCUACAGCUUGGUUGGCACCAUUAACCAUUUUGGCACCACAGAAGCAGGACACUACAUCUACGACGGCAUCCACCCUGACGACUGUCCAGACGAGCCGACUGACCGCUGGCUCACGAUCAAUGAUUCAGUGGUCAGCGAAACAACUGGAGCGUCUGUGUGCAGCCAGCGCCAGGAGUCAGCCUACAUCCUGUUCUACAAGAGACAUAUCAGGAGGAUGCUGACGACGAGCUGCACUACAGCGUCUAUUCACGGGCGCGAUCCCACUACUGAGCGGCACGGGGGCUUUGACCUGCUCCGUUUCCGACCUGGGCCGGUGCACCCCUCCUUAGACGACCUGGUGGUCCCGGGCUCCCCCAGGAGCACCAUAUCGAUACCGAGCUUAGUGCGGACACCCGAUCGGCAUAGUCCGCUGCAGCUCAGAGCUCCUGAGCUCAAACGAUCCGCCAGCCUCAGCCUCCCGGUAGCUUGGAUUACAGGCGCGCGCCACCGCACCCGGCGAGAAGCAGAUGCUCUCACAGGCCUUUUGGCUCAGACUAACGUGACGUCAUAG